AUGAACGCCGGGAGUACCGGCGGUGCAAUUACUACUGCACCGGGCAACUAUUAUUCUCUCGAGAGCUGUAUCGACGCUUGCACGGUAGCUGGACCGAGUUCCUGUCUCGUUGCAUACUGGAAUUCGGUCGCCCAUACGUGCAGCCUGUACAGCAAGGUCAAUAGUGGUGGUGUCCCUUCUCUGGCUGGCGGGCAGACCCCGGCCAAGGUUGUCGGUGGUGGUAUUCGGACCGCAAGGCUCCUUACGGGCCAACCAGUCCCAAAUGUGGUGGACGCAACUUACCUCCUUGCUCCCGGAGCCGAUCUGGGGCUCUGCAACAACGGCAAUUACCAGUUGACCUUUAUCGGUGUGUUCUAUAACGGGGCCACGGGUACGGGCCCUCCCACGAUCAACACGAACCGAGACAACAUCUGGUAUGUGUCUUGCGGUGCCUCAUACCAGAAUUCGCAGUCGGGGACGCAACUUGUCCCAGCCUACUCCCCGACGAACCCCGUUUUCGGCUUCACCUCAGCCCCGACAACGGCGGACGACUGUGCCCGCGUCUGUCAGUCGUAUCACAGUUACUUUCUUUUGUUCGGCGCGGGCAACCCCGACUGCAACCUCUGGCAGUGGGUUCCCAACGCCAGCACCAAAUGCCAGCUGUUUCCUAGUAAUGCUGGCGUUGUCAAUGGCCAAGGUCCACCGACCAUGACGGAUGGGAGUAGCAAUAGCAUCUUCGCCGCUGGCAUCCUCCGGGGUAAUUCCGGGACGGAAUACUCGGGACAGGCACAGUACAAGAAACGAUCUCUCCCUGCGGGCCUGGACUAUCGGCGCCGCCAUGCCAGGGACUCUCUGAUCGACGACGGAAGUGUCCCGGAUGUUAUUCUUAAGUUCAACAAGCGGACUGGCAACUGGACCGAAGUGAUGUGA